UCGUGCCCUAGAAUUUUCGGUGGAACGCUGCUCGGCUGCCAGUGUACUGUCAUGACGCAUCGCGGGCUGUGAAACUCCCCUUUGCCUUUGGCCACCGCAAUGAACGAUUACGAUCUCGAUUGCCAGGAGUCGAUUCGUCAAUGAAUCGCUUCUCAUUGAUGUUACGACGCAGCAGCUCCUGGCCGCUGUGCAACCUCUGCAACCUCUCCCUCUGUUCUUCGUGUUCCCAUCGACCAUUCACCACCUGCAGCGAAUUCUCGACAAUGUCAUCCCAAAAGCCGCGUAUCCUGUUGUACAUCCUCCGCCGGGAUGUACGUCUUUCAGACAAUCCAGUAUUCACAGCUCUCUCGCGCCACAUAACACGACCGCAAGAUUCCACACAAUCCUCUUGUACAGGUUCUCGCACACGGGACGAUUCUUUGGUCUCUGAGUACCGCGGCGCCCCAUUCACGCACCUGCUGCCUGUUUACGUUUUCCCUGCACAGCAGAUCGAGAUCUCUGGCUUCCUCGCGUCUCCGUCAGACCGAUCGCCAUAUCCUGAGGCGCGCAGCGAACACGCAAAAAUAUGGCGUACUGGACCUCACCGGACUAGAUUCAUUGCUGAAGGGGCUUGGGACCUGAAAAAGCGUCUCGAGGGCUUGAAUUGCGGCACCGAGCUCCAAUUAAGAGUCGGUAUGGUCGAAGAUGUCGUCAAGAACAUCCUUGAUUACUAUUCAACUAGUGAUGGUUCUAAGGGCGAAAUUGCCGGGGUUUGGAUGACAAGGAACGAGUCUGUGGAAGAGAAAGAAGAAGAGCGGAGCGUCGAAGCUGUCACAAAACAGCAUGGAGUCGAAUUCAAACUGUGGCGCGAUGAGAAGUACUACAUUGACGACCGCGACCUCCCGUUUGACCACAUCUCUCAACUUCCUAACAUAUAUACCUCGUUCCGCAAAUCCGUCGAACCGCUACGAGAUCAGCCUCGCGAGAUUCUGCCAGCCCCGACACAACUACCACCCCUACCACCCGACGUUCCACCCCAACAAGCGCCCUUCGCUAUACCCAACAAUUUGGAUGGCUUGAUGGAAGCACUUCUAUCACCGUUCGAGAAAGACCCUUCGUUCGGCUUAGCGGUACCCCCCAAAUGGCCUGGCGAUCACGUCGAGUCAGCUCAUCCGUUCUCUGGAGGCGAAACACACGCGCAGGAUCGCAUAUCGUUUCUCAUCUCUAGCGGAGCAAUGAGCUCGUACAAGGCUACGCGAAACGGCAUGGUGGGACGCGACUUUAGCACAAAGCUCUCCGCUUUCCUUGCGCAAGGGCACUGUACAGCACGACAAGUGCAUUGGGCGAUGAUCGACUUCGAAGAGGGCCGAGGAAAGGGCAAGGGUGAACGAGGCUAUGGAAAGGGAGAGAACGAUGGCACAGCAGCUGUGAGGUUUGAACUGCUGUGGCGAGAUUACUUUCAUCUCUGUAUGCGGAAAUUCGGUCCCAAGAUGUUCCAGUUGUACGGCAUUCGCCCGCAGGAAAGCAAAAACAAUCAAAAGCCGCCGCCACCAAAGAAUUGGAGACGACUCGAUGUGGCUACACCGGGCAACGAUCCUGCAAGAACCAGAGAAGCAUUCUGUCGCUUCCGUUCCGGACGAACAGGCGUCGGUCUUAUCGAUGCUUCGAAUCGCGAACUCUUCCUCACUGGAUACACGUCGAAUCGUGCGCGGCAAAACGUUGCUUCCUUCCUCGCAUCCCACCUCGAGAUCGAUUGGCGUGUCGGCGCAGAAUGGUACGAGUGUAUGCUCAUAGAUUAUGACGUGCCGAGCAAUUGGGGUAAUUGGCAAUACGUGUCUGGCGUGGGAAAUGACCCCAGACAAGGCCGUAUUUUCAAUCCUGUAAAGCAGGCGUUGGACUACGACCCGCAGGGCGAAUACAUCAAGGCAUGGGUACCGGAGUUGCGCGACGUCAAGUUGACCAAGCAAGCUGGACCGCAUGGGAAUGAGGAGGUUGACAAACAACGAUUGAUGGGCUUGUAUCAGGCCAACAAACUUUCAGAAUGGGAGAAGGAAAGCCUUGGUCUGAAAGGCGUUGAGUGGGUCGAGAGGCCGCUUGUGAACAUCAAUUUCUCUGUUGGUCGUGGACGGGGUGGUCCAGGACGCGGAGGCACAAAGCCAGGUAGAGGUGGAGGUGGCGGCGGAGGUGGCGGCGGAGGAGGACCAGGCAGAGGAGGCCACCGUGGAGGCCAAUACCAUCAACACCGCGAACACAGGAGAGGCGCUAGUGAAGAGAAACAGCAUGUCACAAACGGCCCGACAAUUGUUAGCAGUCAAUGAUUCACGGAUCUGAUUCAGGGGUGGUAUCUCUGGUGCUCUGGUGUUGGAAGGUUAGCGUGAAUUACGAGCGAUAUCAAAAAAGCUCGAUUGCAGCAGUGCAUUC